AGUGCAUACACCUGCCGCCGCUGACAGGAGCACAGCCACAGGCGCCGGGGUAAUAAUAACCCAGCAGCAGCUCCCGCAGCUACCCGGGCUGCUCUCGCCGCCGGUACAUCACCAGGGCAGCGCACAUUUCCCGGGGAGGUAAUAUAUGGGGACACCCCUCCGCGCGGCUCCGUACUCGUCCUCGGCUAGACCACGGUAACAUGGCUUCGUCCACUCCCGCCAGAAGCACGACUUGGGCAGCCCCCGGUGGAGCCCCAUCCCCGGGCAGUCCCACCCGCCUGAGCCGCAUACAGGAGAAAGAGGAGCUGCGGCACCUGAAUGACCGCCUGGCCGCUUACAUCGAGCGGGUGAGGUCGCUGGAGGCGGACAAGUCGCUGCUGAGGCUGCAGCUGGAUGAGAAGGAGGAGGUCACCACCCGGGAGGUGUCCAACCUCCGCCUGCUCUACGAGACCGAGCUCGCCGACGCCCGCAAGCUGCUGGACCACACGGCUAACGAGAGGGCCCGGCUGCAGGUGGAACUCGGCAAGGUCCGGGAGGAGCUGCGACAGCUGCAGGCCAGAAAUGGCAAAAAAGAAGCAGAUUUAAGUCUGGCUCAAAAUCAGUUGCGAGAUGUGGAAGCAAAGCUCAACUCAAAGGAAGCGGAGCUGACUACUGCGCUACGUGCCAGAAGAAGUGUAGAAGAGCAGUUGCAAGAUCUGAAGGCACAAAUUGCUGAACUUGAAUCCUCAUUAAAAGACACCACAAAACAGCUGCAUGAUGAAAUGCUAUGGAGAGUUGACUUGGAAAAUAAAAUGCAAACUCUUAAGGAGCAACUGGAUUUUGAAAAAAAUGUACAUACUCAGGAGGUGAGCGAGAUGAGGAAACGUCAUGAUACCAGGAUUGUAGAAAUAGAUUCUGGUCGCAGGAUAGAAUUUGAGAGCAAACUAGCUGAAGCCCUCCAAGACCUGAGGAAAGACCAUGAGCAACAAAUCCAGGAGUACAAGGAACAGCUGGAGAAGACCUUUAGCGCAAAGUUGGAGAAUGCACAGCUUGCAGCGGCUAAGAACAGCGAUUAUGCGAAUGCAACCAGAGAAGAGAUCAUGUCUACACAACUCAGGAUGGACAUGUUAGCGUCACAGCUGAGCCAGUGUCAAAAGCAGAACUCUGCACUAGAGAACAAGGUGAGAGAGUUCCAAGAGAUGAUGGAUCGUACAAAAGAACUGCACCGAAGGCAAAUGUCUGAGAAGGACAGAGAGGUAUCUGAGAUGAGACACCAAUUGCAGGCACAAUUGGAAGAAUAUGAGCAAUUAUUGGAUGUGAAGCUCGCUUUAGAUAUGGAAAUAAAUGCCUACAGGAAAAUGUUGGAAGGAGAAGAGCAGAGGCUAAAGCUGUCGCCUAGUCCUGCUCAAAGAACAACAAGAGUUUCUCGGACAAGCUCAAGUCAAAGAAGCCGUGUAGAGCGGGGAAAGAAGAGAAAGUUAGAGGAAACUGAGAGUGAAGUGAGCCGACCGGGGUAUAAGAUCAUUCAGGAGGCCUCCUCUGUAGGACCAGUAUCUAUAGAAGAAAUAGACCCGGAAGGGAAGUACUUACGGCUUGUGAACAAUUCAGAGGAGGAUCAACACCUAAAUGGCUGGACUAUUAGAAGACAGCAUGGAAGCCUGCCGGAAAUUGGUUAUAAGCUCCCUUGCCGCUAUACCCUGAAAGCUGGACAGCAUGUUACUAUAUGGGCAGCAGGUGCAGGAGCUGUUCACAAUCCUCCCUUCGACUUGGUCUGGAAAUCCCAAAAGUCCUGGGGAACAGGGGACGAUGUAAAAGUUACACUUUUGGAUACCACUGGGGAGGAAUGUGCUGAACGAACCUUGUUUAGAAUAAGAAAAGAUGAAGGUGAAACUGAUGAGGAGUUACUUGAUGAGGAAUUAUCUGAAUUCCGUUCCAAGCCCAAAAGAAAGAAAAAGAAGUGUUGCCUAGUGUCCUGAUAGAGCAGGCGCUGCAGGCCCAGCAGACAGUAGAUCCUAGCUGUUCCGUAAUGUAACUGCAGCUCCUGAUGAAGCAGAAUCAGGCGGACUCCUGUGUGCCCUACUUCAAACAGAGAAUUGAGUUAUUUUUAUCAUUUGUUUGGGGGGUGGCCUGUGGGAGACUGUUACCAUUGCACCUUGAAAGCUAAAGGACUAUAGUCUUGAAUAGAGUAGUUUAUUUUACAGAUAGCCUUCAAAAGAGAGACUUGAACAGCACAAUUUUGCACAUGUGGAUAAGAGAAGGUUUGCGAUGAGCCUUGUUUAUUUUGUGGGAUAUUAAGGUGCUAUGGGAAAGUGAUUUAUAUUUUAUUUGAGUUUAAAUGCUGUUACGUUAUAGUCGUUAUUCUCAUACUGCACAUUGUCAUAAACACUUGAGAUUUCUCAUGUGGAGAUAUUAAGCAUUUAAUUAUUCCACGAAUUGUCUUUUUUUUUAUUUUAUUUGUUAAUUCUUGUUUAACUAGGCUGACCAUACUAUCUCUUUAAACUGGGACACAUGAAUUAUACAGGUUCUGAGGCUGACUUAAUUCAAGCCAGCAUUUCAAGUGGUUUUAAUCAGCCAUAGAACCUAUGUAAUUCACGAGUCUCCCAGUUUAAAGGAAUAGUAUGGUAAGCCUAGGUAUAAUAUAUAUAUAUAAAACAAAACCGUAUCCAAUGUCUAUAAAGCAGCAAUUAUUAGUCUUGCUUGCAGAUAGGUUUGCACUUUAAUGUUUCUUUUGAUAAGUCUUAAGUUACUGUGUUUGAUAUAGAUGGCCAUCUUCCAGGCAACCAGAAAUAUGUCCUGUUAUGUUCAGUUAUGCAUAUCGGUAGUGUGGCGGCUUUCCUUUGCCAGUAAUGUCAGAUAGGAAAAGAGGAACUCUGAACUACCAAAAUACUUUCCAAGUGAAAGUGAUAUUUGAAUAUGUCUUCAAAAGGAGACAAUUGGAUGUGUCUGUAAUAACCGCAAAUGUCCAUAUACAAAUAGGUCAGACUUCUGACAAUUUUCAUGGAGUGUUUCGCCACGGAAUGCCACUAAUCCCAAAAGUUGUUAAUGAGUCUUCUCCUCUCAAUCUGGAGACAUCUUAUUGCACUGGCAAGCGUCCACUUUUGUCGCUUUGCUUGCCAAUCAUUGUGUUAAACCAUUGUAGAUUGUUGCAUAGCAUAGAACCCCCUCAAGAAUAAACACUGACAUAAUAAUGGCAGUCGGGGAACCCCAAAAUGCAUUUUUUUUUUAAAAAGGAAUGAUUUUAGAAAAUGCUUAGCGCUCAAAUCACAAAAUCCUUGUAGUUAUGGCACCUGUCCUAACAUUCUUCUCAUUCUCAACGGAUGAACCCUUUCCUUAGGUGUGAGGCCCGCUCCUAUGUAUAACAUUUUGUCCACCUUUGCUUAUCAGCCAGUGUGGUGGCUAAGAAGUAUAAUGAAUCUGUAGCCACUGUAUAGAAAUUGUAACAAGCAAUGGUGAUAUUAAUAUUUUAAUUUGCACAUUAUGUUAAAUUCUAGUUUUUCAGAUGAAAAAUAAUAAAAUAUUUUGAACUUCA